CCCGCAAAAAAAAAGAAGAAAAAAAAAAACCGCUUCGUGGGCAAAGGUCACGCCCGAAGAGGCAAGUGCCGUCGCUGAUGAAUGAGGAGCGUGACUAGAGGUAGAAUAUCGCUUGCUGGGAGUUCUUCUUCGGUCGGAAGGGAACGGCGCUACGGUGGCGUGGAAGAGGUGGAUGGUUAUGGGAGCCACGGGUUCGAAGCUCGAAAAGGCUCUCGGCGACCAGUUUCCCGAAGGCGAGAGGUAUUUUGGACUGGAGAAUUUCGGAAACACUUGCUAUUGCAACAGCGUCCUCCAGGCACUUUACUUUUGCGUCCCAUUCAGAGAACAGUUGCUGGAAUAUUAUUCAAAUAACAAGAAUGUUGGAGAAGCAGAAGAGAACUUACUGACAUGUUUGGCUGAUCUUUUUAAUCAGAUCAACUCAUCAAAGAAGAAGACUGGUGUUAUUGCUCCCAAGCGGUUUGUACAAAGAGUGAAGAAACAAAAUGAGCUUUUUCGAAGCUAUAUGCAUCAGGAUGCUCAUGAAUUUUUGAAUUUUCUGCUAAAUGAGCUUGUUGACAUUUUGGAGAAAGAAGCUAAUGCAAAGGAUUCCCCCGGAACCUCCUCACAAUCAGAAAAGAUAGCAAAUGGCUCAAGUCAUCUUCAUGUGAAUGGUGUUCAAAAAGAACCCCAUAUAACAUGGAUUCAUAAAAGUUUUCAGGGUUUAUUGACCAAUGAAACUCGCUGCCUAAGGUGUGAAACUGUCACUGCAAGGGAUGAGACGUUUUUUGAUUUAAGCGUGGACAUUGAGCAAAAUAGUUCCAUUACAAGUUGUCUCAAAAACUUCAGUUCAACAGAGACUUUGAAUGCUGAGGAUAAAUUCUUCUGUGACAAAUGCUGCAGCCUGCAGGAAGCCCAGAAAAGAAUGAAAAUAAAGAAACCUCCUAACGUCCUAGUUAUCCAUCUCAAGCGCUUCAAAUACAUUGAACAACUUGGCCGGUACAAGAAGCUAUCUUACCGUGUCGUGUUUCCCCUUGAGUUGAAGCUCAGCAACACACUUGAAAACGCUGAUGCAGAGUAUUCUCUUUUUGCUGUUGUUGUUCAUGUUGGCAGUGGGCCCAACCAUGGUCACUACAUUAGCCUUGUUAAAAGUCACAGUCAUUGGCUGCUAUUUGAUGAUGAAAAUGUCGAUAUAUUUGAUGAGUCUGCUGUGCAAACAUUCUUUGGCUCGGCACAGGAGUACUCCAGCAACACAGAUCAUGGGUACAUUCUAUUCUAUGAGAAUCUUGGUGGUAGGAGCUAGUGGUCUUUUAGGCUUCGUUUGGGAUGGCUUUUUUACUACUUCUUAAAGCAGCUUUUUAGUACAAAAAAUUUAAUUUUUGUACUUAAAAAUUAUUUUUAAAAGCAGGAAAAAAGCUGUCGCAAACGAAGCCUCGGUAUCUCUUUUUUUGCCGUUUACCUACAUGUAAAUUCAAAACCUGCAAGGCCAGAUGUGAAUGGAUAUGAUACCUGAAUUGGAUUCACUGUAUAGCAGAUGGUAGUAACAUGCCAUAUUUGUCAAUAACACAGAAUGUACGUGAGUUGAUUUCA